AUGUCUCAUUCUACGUCAUCUUCCCCUCCUCCAUCUAGAGUUUCUUCCCCGUGCUGUACAUCUAGCUCUACGGAUCACAUGUCCAUCACCGGUUCUCCUACCGAGUGUUGCUCUAAUGUUCUCUCUUCUUCUGCACCUACCUCACUGCCAACUAGCACUGCUUCUCCUCCUACUUCUAUGCCUUCUGCUCAUUCAAUACACACUCGCUCAAGUCUGGCACCACGUGCUUGGUUUCAUCGCUUUAGUUCAUUUCUCCUGGCUCAUGAUUUUAUUUGCAGCAAAUUAGAUACAUCCAUGUUUAUUUACCGUUCAUCAUCUGGUAUUCUUAUUUUAUUACUUUAUGUUGAUGGCAUUAUUCUUAUUGGUAGUCAUUCUUCUUUUCUUGAUCACUUCAUUAGUCGUCUCUCUAGACAAUUUGCCAUGAAAGACUUAGGUGAUUUUCAUUACAUUCUUGGUGUUCAGGCAGUUCGUUCUUCUAAUGGUCUUCAUUUGUCACAACAAAAGUAUAUUUCUGAUUUGCUUCUUAAAUUUCACAUGCAUACAUGCAAACCAGUUCGCACCCCUAUUACUUCUCGCACUUCUCUUUGUAUUAUGGAUGGUGAGUUACUUUCAGAUCCUAGUGAAUAUAGGAGUAUGGUUGGAGCUCUUCAAUACUUAACUAUGACUCGUCCAGAUAUUGCCUAUGUUGUUAACAUUGUUUCACAAUUUAUGCAUGCUCCACGUACUACUUAUCUGCAUUGUGUGAAGCGCAUUUUCAGGUAUUUACAGGGUACCAUUAUAUCUGAAUUGUUCUUACGUGCCUUUUCAUCUGCCUCUUUUAUAUUAGCCUAUUCGGAUGCUGAUUGGGCUGGUUGUCUUGAUAGUCGACGCUCUACCACAGGGUUUGCGGUAUUUUUGGGCUCUAAUCUUAUCUUAUGGCGUGCAAAGAAGCAACUAACAAUCUCUAAAUCUUCUACAAAGGCUGAGUACAGAGCUAUCGCCUGUACUGGCUGA